AGACUUCGAACAUCGCGAUUUCUCUCUUUCAUCAAUUAAACAGCAGUAGCCCUUCAGUAUAGGCGAACGUCUAGCGAACGUUCAUAGCAUUCUUAAUCAACGAUGAUGAAGCCCUCGUGGCUCAGCAUAACAGCGGUGAUCUUCACUAUUCUUGGUAGCACAAUUUCCCGCAGCGAUGGUGCCAAGAUUGUGCUCAUCUCUGUUUGCCCCGGCAUGAGCCACUGGCUAACGUUCGAGCACGUCGUGAAUGAACUGCUCGACAGGGGACAUGAAAUCACCGCCAUCAGCAACUAUCGACUAAAGAGGCAACCUUCCAAUCACACCCGUGGACUGUAUCGGGAAGUUCUGAUAGAACCGGAGUACGACUUCGAGAGCGAUUUUCCGAUGGAAUCGUACUAUCGGCCGUCAUCCUUCACCAAUCCAUUUGACAAAGUAAAGAUUUUGUGGUGGUUUGGGUUAGCAACGACUCGACAUGCGUUCGAAACUGACAACGUGCAACGGUUCAUGCGUGAAGAAGGAUUGCGAUUUGAUUUGGUAAUUGCUGAACAGUUUGCUCAAGAGGCCUUUCUUAUGUUUGGGCACAAGUUUGAUGCUCCUAUUGUAACCAUAAAUACGCUAGGAUACACCGAUUACAUAGAUCGUUCAUUUGGGAUGAUAACGCCGUUAUCAUUUGUACCUCAUUUCUUCACGGAGUUCACUGACGAGAUGAACUUUUACGAGCGUUGCUACAAUGUGAUACUGACGGUGUACCGCUGUUAUUGGGCUUACCGCAAGUUUAUCUACCUCCCAGAGCAUCACGCCAUUGCAAAGCAGUACUUUGGAACGCCUAAUGGUGUUGCGGAAGUUCUUCCAUCAAUUGAAGAAUUGGAGAAAAAUGUAAGCGUAAUACUGACGAACAAUCACAUCAUUUUGUCCCGACCACGACCAAAAAUGAUCGGAAUGGUGGAUAUUGCGGGUAUCCACAUUAGACCUCCAAAAGAUCUUCCACAAGACAUUAAGAAAUUUGUUGAAUCUUCCACAAUGGGAACCAUCUACAUAAACUUUGGAACAUUCCUACGAAGCUCUGCUAUGCCACCAGACACUCUGGAAGUAUUCCUGCAAGUGUUCCGUAACCUACCUCAGUACAACUUCCUCUGGAAAUGGGAAACCGAUAACGUCCCGAAACUUCCACCGAAUGUCCUUCUCCGUAAGUGGAUUCCACAGAACGACGUCCUCACCCAUCCCGGCAUAAAGUUGUUCAUCACCCAUGGAGGUGUUUUCAGUACUCAAGAAUCAAUUUACUGGGCCAAGCCAAUGCUGGUGUUUCCAUUCUACGGGGACCAGCAUGGGAAUGCACUCAAACUGCAAAAGGCCGGUAUCGGACUGACGAUGGCGAUUGCCAAUGUGACCGUCGGCGAGUUCCAGGGCAAAGCACAGGAGAUUUUGGAAAACCCAGACUUCCAGUCCAACGCCAAUCGGAUGUCAGCACUGUUCAGGGACAAUCCCACGGAUCCGCUGGAGGAGGCCGUGUUUUGGAUCGAAUACGUUGUUCGACACCAUGGAGCUGGGCAUUUGAAAUCAGCAGCUGUGAACAUGCCGUGGUAUCAGUAUCUGCUGUUGGAUAUGGCUGCCGUGGUUAUUGUGCUCUUGUUUGUCAUUGUGGGGUUGGCGAAGUAUCUUUUUACGAAAAUGUGUGGCUCAAAGCACACCAAAGACUUGAACAAAAAGCGACUAGCUAGGAUGAAGCCCUCGUGGCUCAGCAUAACAGCGGUGAUCUUCGCCAUUCUUGGCAGCAUAAUUCCCUGCAGCGAUGGUGCCAAGAUUUUGCUUAUUUCUGCUUUCCCCGGCAUGAGCCACUGGUUAACGUUCGAGCACGUCGUGAAUGAACUGCUCGAAAGGGGACAUGAAAUCACUGCCAUCAGCAACUACCGACUAAAGAGGCAACCGUCCAAUCACACCCUUGGACUAUAUCGGGAAGUUCUGAUCGAACCGGUGUUCGAUUUCGAAAGCGAUCUUCCGAUGGAAUCGUACUAUCGGCCAUCAUCCUUCACGAAUCCAUACUACAAGUUGAAGAUUUUGUGGUGGCUUGGGUUAGCAACGACUCGACAUGCUUUCGAAGCUGACAACGUGCAACGAUUCAUGCGUGAAGAAGGAUUGCGAUUUGAUUUGGUAAUUGCUGAACAGUUUGCGCAAGAGGCUUUUCUUAUGUUUGGGCACAAGUUUGAUGCUCCUAUUGUUACCAUAAAUACGCUAGGAUACACCGAUUACAUAGAUCGUUCAUUUGGGAUGAUAACGCCGUUAUCGUUUGUACCUCAUUUCUUCACGGAGUUCACUGACGAAAUGAACUUUUAUGAGCGUUGCUACAAUGUGAUACUGACGGUGUACGAUUGGGCUUACCGCAAAUUUAUAUACCUCCCACAACACAACGCCAUUGCAAGGCAGUACUUUGGAACACCUAAUAAUGCCGCGGAAGUUCUUCCAUCGGUUGAAGAAUUGGAGAAAAAUGUAAGCGUGAUACUGUCGAACAAUCACAUAAUUUCGUUUCGACCACGACCGAAAAUGAUCGGAAUGGUGGAUAUUGCGGGUCUCCACAUUAGACCUCCAAAUGAUCUUCCACAAGAUAUUAAGAAAUUUGUUGAAUCAUCAACCAAAGGAACCAUCUACAUCAAUUUUGGAACCUUCCUGCGCAGCUCUGCGAUGCCACCGGACACCCUAGAGGUGUUUCUGCAAGUGUUCCGUAACUUACCGCAGUAUAACUUCCUCUGGAAAUGGGAAACCGACAAAGCUCCGAAACUCCCACCGAAUGUCCUCCUCCGCAAGUGGAUUCCACAGAACGACGUCCUCGCCCAUCCCGGCAUAAAGUUGUUCAUCACCCAUGGAGGUAUCUUCGGUGCCCAGGAAGCAAUUUACUGGGCCAAGCCAAUGCUGUUUGUCCCAUUCUAUGGGGACCAGCAUGGGAAUGCGCUCAAACUGCAAAAGGCCGGUAUCGGACUGACGAUGGCGAUUGCCAAUGUGACCGUCGGAGAGUUCCAGGGCAAAGCACAGGAGAUUUUGGAAAACCCAGACUUCCAAAUCCACGCCAAUCGGAUGUCAGCACUGUUCAGGGACAAUCCCACGGAUCCGCUGGAGGAGGCCGUGUUUUGGAUCGAAUACGUUGUUCGACACCAUGGAGCUGGGCAUCUGAAGUCAGCUGCUGUGAGAAUGCCGUGGUAUCAGUAUCUGCUGUUGGAUAUGGCUGCCGCGGUUGCAGUGCUCUUCUUUGUAAUUGUGGGGUUAACAAAGUACCUAUUUGCAAAAAUAUGUGGCGCAAAGCACACUAAGGACUUGAACAAAAAGAGGCUGUAAUGAAACGAAAUUUUGAUCUAUCACUCAUAAUUUAUGAAUAAUUAUUUACGUGCAAAUUAUUAAAAAAAAAUACACAACAUUCAAUUCAGCAGCGACCAAAAAUUGCAUCACAUUUCACAGGAAGAGGUAGAAUACCGUGACAAGAGGUUCCAUAGAAAAUGUAUGGAGUAGGAUAAUCCACACUAA